AUGACUUCUCAUUCAGUUUGUAAUCUCAACAAUGAUGAUGAACAUCGUUUACAAGCAUCAAAUGAACAUGUUAAUUCGAAUAAAAAAAAUGAUGGAAAUAAUGCUAUUACACCACGAUCGUCGUCAACAUCAAAUUUACAUUUCAUUAAUUCAUCUUUACUUUCUGUUCGUCGUCCACUCUCAGCUGACGAAUCAGAUGAUGCUUUUCCAUUAAAUAAUGGUAAAGAAUGUCAUGUUAAUCCAAUUGUACUUAAUUUUGAUGAUAUGGAACUUGAUCAAAAUCAAGUACAUUCUAUUAAUGAUAAUCAACAUCAUUUAUCUUCUUAUAAUUUCGUUAUUACUAAUGAAUCAACACGUUUUGCUCAAACACGGUAUCCGUUUCCACCAUUUGUUUUACGUUUUGGUUCAGGCAAAGUAAAGAGUAAUCAAGUUAAAGAAAAUUUAAUUGAUCAUUGUAAAAAAAUUCAUCAAUUUGAUGUUCAUGUGAUUAACUGUGGUUCAUCUUCUAAUGUUCUCUCAGCUAAUGAAUAUGAUAUUCUUAUAUAUGUAAAAGAUGCUGUUUCUUUUUCUUUUUUAUUAGAACAAGCUCAUUGGCCAAAAGCUAUAGGUAAUAAUAAUAAUUAUUUUCCUUCAGCUCCAGCUAUUCCACCACAACUCUGUUUAUUAAUUAAAAAUGUUGAUUUACGUAUUGAUUUUGAUGAAUUCUUUGAUGAUAUGAAAAAUCAUAUUUGUUCUAAAAUUGAAAAAUGUAUCCACUGUGGUCAAAAUCAUAAAUCUAGUUCUCUCAAAUGUCCGGUGGUCAAAUCUUUUCGUACUGAAUUAACUCGUAAAAUUCUUCAACUAAAUAAUCAUUCAACACCUGAUACGAACUUAAUGAAUAAAAAUAUUAUUUUUAAUUCAACUAAUUUUCCACCUCCUCCACCACCUAAAUCUUCAACAUUAUCAAUUAAUCCUAUGACGAUUAAGCUGGAUGAGUUAAUUAAUAAAUUAUCAGAAGCGAAGAAUCAUCUUGCUAAUCUAGAAGCUAAACAUGAUAAAUUUGAACAAUUCAUAUUGGAAAAAAAAUUGUAA